AGAGCAGAGAGAUCCUCAGGAUAUCAUUAGCCAAAGGAAAAGCUCCACAUUCCCACCCAGUCCUGCAGUUGAAAUAGUAUCAGAGGGCAAGAACUUUUUUUUUCCAGCUCCAGGCUCCAUCUCCCAGGAGCAACAGAGAAAUCCGAGUGUGAGAGUGAGGUAACAAGCCCAGCGUCCUGCCAGAGCGCUGGAGGACGCCCCCCUCGCCCCUCCACCGGGUGAUCCAGGGGGAAACAGCCGGCUGAGCUCCAGCCACCCCGUGCUGCACUGAGCGCGGAGCUGCGCAGAGGAGCGCGCAUCCUGCGCAGAGGGCAGUGCUACCCAGGCGCUGGUGCCACAGCCACAUGAAGCCAGCUGGGGAGGUGGAGCCAGGGUGCAGCCAGCGGACUGGGACUGAGCCGGGCUCCCUCUCAGAGAGGCACUGACUCCCAGGGGACCCCCUUCCUCGUGCCUAGGCGAAAAGUCUUUUCCAGGGUCAUCCUGACUCUCCAUGAUGAUGUUCCUGAAGUUUCUCUGGAUGGGUUUCUUCUGCCACCUGUGUCAGGGCUACUUCGAUGGCCCUCUCUAUCCAGAGAUGUCCAACGGGACUCUGCACCACUACUUCGUGCCCGACGGGGACUAUGAGGAAAAUGAUGAUCCCGAAAAGUGCCAGCUGCUCUUCAGGGUGAGUGACCACCGGCGCUGCUCCCAGGGGGAGGGGAGCCAGGCCAGCAGUCUGCUGAGCCUCACCCUUCGGGAGGAGUUCACCGUGCUGGGCCGCCAGGUGGAGGAUGCAGGGCGCGUCCUGGAGGGCAUCAGUAAGAGCAUCUCCUAUGACCUGGAUGGGGAAGAGAGCUACAGCAAGUAUCUGCGGCGGGAGUCCCACCAGAUCGGGGAUGCCUACUCCAACUCCGACAAGUCCCUCACUGAGCUGGAAAGCAAGUUCAAGCAGGGCCAGGAACAGGACAGCCGGCAGGACACCAAGCUCAAUGAUGACUUUUUGGGGAUGCUGGUCCACACCAGAUCCCUGCUGAAGGAAACUCUUGACAUCUCUGCAGGGCUCAGGGACAAAUACGAGCUGCUGGCCCUCACCAUCAGGAGCCAUGGGACCAGACUAGGUCGACUGAAAAAUGAGUAUCUUAAAGUGUAGGUGAAAGGGCACACUGCCAGGGAGAGGGCAUGACACCAGCCCCCUGGUGCAGGACGGGAGGUCAGAAGAGGGGGCUAAUAUUUCCCUGAGACUUAAGAUUUUUUUAUAUCCAGAUUUGCACUUGGAGAAUGAUUGAAGUCCUCUUUAGAAAGACGUGAGAGUUGAAUGGUUUUGUUUUUGUACAUUAUUUAUGUCGUAGCUAUUGAUUUGUUACCUGGAAAGAGCAAGUGACACUAAGCCUCCUGCCUCUCCUGGAGACUUCCUAGCUCUGCAGAGACACCUGAUCCAGCCACCUCUAAAGGCAAAGCGUUGAUGCAGUAGGGACUGGUUAACCUCCCCAGCCUGGAGAUUAUGCAGAUAUAUCCAGAAGGCUAGUGCUUAGCUCCCUUCAGCCCUCAGCCUUUUCUCUUGGGUUCUGGAAGCUGUCAAAGUUGCCUGUUUGCAGAUGAGGUCCCAGGUACUGCUCCACAUGCCUGCCAGAGGAUAAAAGUUGCCCGUUUCUUCUCCCUUUUUCUCUUAUUUAUUAACCAAGAUCUCUAAGGUUUUGUUUUUAAGUAUUUUGUUUUUGUUUCUGAUAAGAGCAUUGUCAAGAAACUAUAUGUAAAUCAUCCCUCACCGGGAGAUUGCUGAGAUGCCUUUGUGGGUGUGUGUAAGUUAGUGGCCACAUUUAAGUCUAAGCAUAGUGGUCAUCCGGUCCUGUUGAUAGGCUGAUUUGUGUUGUCUCUUUUUGUACCUUUAUGCCACCAGUGUUGCAGUUCAUAGCAAAGUAGUUUGAACAUACCCUAAAUACCUAUGACUUAGGUUUCCAAUGUAUUAUUUCUCGUUUGGGGGUUUUGCUUCUAUUUGCUUAUUGGAAAUUUGUAUUUCAAGUAGAGGGGAUUCCAAUUCUAAUAACUCGUUCACUAAGUUUUAUUAUUCCGCCAAUAAAUAUAUUCUCGUAUAUACUAGCUU